AUGGCAAACAGUGCCUCUCCUGAGCAGAAUCAAAAUCACUGCUCAGCAAUCAACAGCAGCAUCCCGCUGACACAGGGCAACCUCCCCACACUGACCUUAUCUGGAAAGAUUCGAGUGACAGUUACUUUCUUCCUUUUUCUACUCUCCACAACUUUCAAUGCUUCUUUCUUGUUGAAACUUCAGAAGUGGACUCAAAGGAAAGAGAAAGGGAAAAAACUCUCAAGAAUGAAAGUGCUUUUAAAACAUUUGACCUUAGCCAACCUGUUGGAGACUCUGAUUGUCAUGCCACUGGACGGAAUGUGGAACAUUACUGUGCAAUGGUAUGCUGGAGAACUCCUCUGCAAAGUCCUCAGCUAUCUGAAGCUUUUCUCCAUGUACGCCCCCGCCUUCGUGAUGGUGGUGAUCAGCCUGGACCGCUCCCUGGCCAUCACGAGGCCCCUAGCUGUGAAAAGCAACAACAAGCUCGGACAGCUCCUGAUUGGCUGGGCCUGGCUCCUCAGUAGCAUCUUUGCUGGACCACAGUUAUACAUCUUCAGGAUGAUCCAUUUAGCAGAUGACUCUGGACAGACAGAAGGUUUCUCUCAAUGUGUAACACACUGCAGUUUUCCACAAUGGUGGCAUCAAGCCUUUUAUAACUUCUUCACCUUCACCUGCCUCUUCAUCAUCCCUCUUCUCAUCAUGUUGAUCUGCAAUGCAAAAAUUAUCUUCACCCUGACAAGCGUCCUUCAUCAGGAUCCCCACAAACUACAACUGAAUCAAUCCAAGAAUAAUAUACCACAAGCUCGACUGAGGACUCUAAAGAUGACGGUUGCAUUUGCCACUUCAUUUACUGUCUGCUGGACUCCCUACUAUGUCCUUGGAAUUUGGUAUUGGUUUGAUCCUGAAAUGGUAAACAGGGUGUCAGAUCCAGUAAAUCACUUCUUCUUUCUCUUUGCUUUUUUAAAUCCAUGCUUUGAUCCACUUAUAUAUGGAUAUUUUUCUCUGUAA